AAUAAUUGUAGAGCACAAUACGAAUACAAUUAAUUAAUUUUUAUAUAAAAGUAAAUUAAUUCUAAUUAUGAUAUGAUCGACGUAUUAAUGAUGUUACGGGAGUAAAUAACAUAAUACUUUGUGUAUUUAUAUUUAUUUUACGAUUGUAUGAGGGAACUCAUUUGAAACAAUGAACAGUAAAAUAUUAAGUACAAUUGCUAAUGCUAUGGACACCAAAGAGGAACUAAAGAAGCGGAUAGAAACAUCUAAACUUUUAUUACAAGAGUUGCAGGCAUGCAUUCAAAAUUGCCAAACCCGAUUUGGAGGUAAAGCAGAACUUGCUACAGAAGAUGAUAUAAGAAUAGUACAGCUUUGUGAAAAAUGGGAAAAAGUCCUCAGUCACGGUAUAAGAACCAACUUAUCUAACUCUGCUUUACAAAGCUUGGUGACUGCUGGGUUAAAUUUUACAUUUAACAUUGUUAAUAUUGGAAACUCAUUGUGGAGUUACACAUGUCUUCACCUCACUAAACAUGAAAAAGAAAGAUUUAAAAUUCUAUCAAAUAUCAACACUCCACUUGGCUACUUCAGGGCCUUCAUUAGAGCUGCUUUAAAUGAAAGAUCAUUAGAAAGAUAUCUCCAAAGCUGGGUAGCACAUGGUCUUCUGAUGGAGUAUUAUGAAGAAGGUGCAUUAGUCAGGAACAAUGAAUUAGCAUAUCAGUUACCUAACAUGGCUUCAGGAUUAUCAACAAUUUUGUUUGCAUUAUCAAUUGAUAGAGCGGAAUUAAAUGAAACUCAGCAAGCAAACCAAUCAAAUAAAGCAGAACUAGUCAUAUCCUUGCCUGCUCCGGUAAAACCUUCCAAUCUGAAGAGAAAGCCGCUGCGCCAAGUCAUAUCAUUUGACAAAAAUGAUUCGAAAAAUAAAACCAAAGAUGACAGAAAACUGAUACGGUCGCCAAGUAUGAAAGAUGACUCUUUCUGGAACAGCGCACCCGCUACAUGCCUGAAUUCUCCAGAUCCUAAAACUCUUCCUCAAGCUUCCACUAGUGAACCCACCAGUUCAGAAUACAAGAAUAGCAUACGACAUUUCUUCCCAGAUAGUGUGAAGGGCAUAGACAGUCCUUCGCAAAUCCUUUCAAAAUUGUCAGAGUGUGCUAAAGAAAUAUUUUCAUCAUCUAACAGCAUAGAUACAAAUAAUGUAGCUAAAGAUGACAUAUCUGUAUCAAGUAUUAAUAAUUUAAAGAUAUAUGAGAGUGACAGUGAAGAAAUAGCGGGGAGCAUUGACGGGAGCACUUCUUGUCUGGAACUUUGUUUUACGGAAGACGAAAGUGUACCUGAAGAAAAAUCUCACUCCAUUUUAGAAAUACGAGAAAAGGAAUGUUUUAAUUUACAAUUAAAGUGUAUUCAUAUUGAGCAGACGAGCAAGGAAAAAAUACUCAAAUUAGAGAAAAUCAUUCUUGAUCUAAGCAAAGAGAAUGAUCGUCUUAAAGAACAAUUAAGACAGUACAUGUCCGCUGUUGAAAUGGGAGUUGCUUUGAAAAACAACGGCGAAGAGCAAGAAGCUGAACAGUAUGAGAAGAAACUAGUUCAAGUUGCUGAAAUGCACGCAGAGCUGAUGGAAUUCAAUCAACAUCUACAAAAACGUUUGCAAGAAUUAGAGAGCAGAUCGGAACUCGAGAUACUCGACCAUCCUGAAACUAAUGUGAAGGCUUAUAUCCCCACCGCGUUUCUGGUCGGGAAGAAAACUCAAUCCUACCACGUCUAUCAGAUAUUUCUCAAAAUUGGUCAUGAAGAAUGGAAUGUGUAUCACCGAUAUGCUAAGUUCCAUGAGCUCCACAUGCAGCUAAAGAAAUUACACCCAGACAUAGCGUCAUAUAAUUUUCCUCCAAAGAAAACUCUGCGAAAACGGGACGCACAUCUCGUGGAGAGCCGGCGAGUGGCGCUGCAGGCGUACCUGCGGCAUAUUUUGCUGGUCCAACCGGAGUUAAGGGAGUGCACCAGUCGAGCGCAGCUCAUCACAAUCUUGCCAUUCUUUGGCACUUCCUCGUCCUCGAGAUCGAACGGAUCGAGUCACAUGCUAAAUCGUCAACAUUCCAACGAGUCAACUUCCACUUACGACGCUCUCUGAUUGCCAAGUAAAUAGCUAACAUGCGAACUUUAGACAUGGUUGCAAAAAAAAACGGAAAUAACAUGUGUAAAGGCAUUUAUCAUGUAUCUAAGUCAGACAUGUAUUUUUACACAGUUUAUUUACGCACAUAGUUAAUUUAGGCUUGUCUAAAGCUCGCUUUAGAAAACACCUAUCAGAAUUAGCUAGCGUAAACUGAUGGCCGUUUGAAAAAAUACUUUUGAGAUGUUUUUGUUAAAAUAUAAAUGAGAAGUAUAUUAGAACCAUGAAUAAAUACAAUAACUACAAUAAGGGCCAACAUUGUUAGAAAGACAGCAAAAGGCAUUUUUAAAGAGCUAACAAAAAAGGUCGCAGACGGGACGGGACCUUACAAAGUAAAAAGCAAUAGUACAUUAUUGUCGAGGCUCGGAAGUAGCUACUUGCUGGCUGAGGAUUCGUUUUAAACGGACGACCUUGGGAGUCCGUUUAAUUGAAUCCGAAGCCAGCUAGUAGCCUUCCAGCCGAGUCAUAUAUAGUGCUUUUCUCAAAAAUGGCGCAAUAAAUACAAAUAUAAUAGAAAUAUUUUACAGAAGCAACGUUCUUAUGUAUAUAUUUUCACAGAAAUAAAAGUAUAAAGAUUUGCUUUGCCGCCUUUUUAUUUUUUUAAUUAAAAAUAGAAGUGUAUUUUUCUGCUGAAAAUACGCCAACCCAUUUGAGACACCUAAAUAGUUGCGGUACCAACAUUAUAAUAAUAAGUACUGAUCAUCUGUUUGGCUGUUUAUUGGACCUAUGCCUUCAUUUGAUAUGGCCACUUCAACUUUUAAAAAGUUUGGAACUCUACAAAUAAUGGAAUUUGUAUGCAACAUUGCAGUCCCGAAAUCGAGACUGCAAUGUUUUUAACUUUUUAAUUUUUGACUGACCAUAAACUACGCACUUCGCGACCUACUUUUUAACCGGCAACGUCGACUUUGCCGUCCAUUUUUGAGAAAAGUAUAAUUAUUUAACAAUGAACUCAUAACUACGUGGAAUAGUAAACUAUAUUGAGUAUUUGUGAUAAAAAAUUGUAACUAGAAUUCAUAAAAAGUUUGGAAAAAAUAUAAAAUGUCAUACACGAGUCAUUUCAUUACAUUAAAUACGCGCUUGCAAAAGUUCGUUUGCUCUAGCUAAUUCGAAAUAUAUAAAGAUUUAUCUUUUUUGAUUUUACCCAUACCUUAUGAAGUCUUCAUGGCAAGCAAAUUUUCGGGCAGCUUGUUUGCAAGAAAAGAGUAUGUUUUAGUUUAUUGCUGUAAUUACAGCAAAUUUGAAUAAAUGGAGUGGAAUCAUUUGAUACCUAUAAUAAAAUGUGUUGUAUUUAUUGUGGCAUUGGCUUUGGUAUUACGCCUCAAUGCAAUCAGUUUUGUAAUAUGCUAUAUAACAUUGGAGAUCAUUAUAUUAAGAUUCAUAAAUGUAUAAAAUCUAAGACAAAUUCGUGAGUCCAAUUUUACAUCUAAUGUAGAUGGCGCUGUACGGCUCCGUACAUUACACGGUAACUCAUAACUGUGGUUGUAAAAAGUUACGGUCAUCUGUCAAACUCGUGGGCACGAUUUUUUCUUAGACUAUCAGGCGGUAUUCACAUUGGAUGCGAAUUCGCACGUCGCUCCGAUGUGCGAGCGGGAUAUCGCCUAUAUACGUGCAUAGCGCUGUCACGCUCAUACACUGGAGCGACGCGUGAAUUCGCAUCAGUGUUAUAACACCACGUGAAUGAAUCUUUGGCCGUAGCAAACGACGAAUGCAACUAUUAUGUCUCUUCUCACGAUAGGAUCUAAAUCUAUUUAGAUAUAUAGUUUGUCAAAGGACUGUCUCAUUUCAAACAUAUACAGAGAUAAUCAUACUAUCUUCGUCUUACACUAGUACUAGCAAGAAAAGGAUGAGUAUAGUUUGUUUGUUUCUUAUUAACUGCCAAUUUGGUUUGACCAACUAUACAUAGUAUAAUGUUACAAAAUGAAAUGUUUUAAGUAAAAUGCACGUAGUGUUAAGUAUUAGAGUAGUAUUAUUUAUUUUAAUAUUUUGUACUUUAUAUAUUACAUUAAAAAGUUCAUAUGAGACAUAAACUAGCUUUAAAACGGAUUGAGACGUAUAAAGUAUUAGGAUUUAAUAUUUAUAUAUCUUAUACGAUUUCGUUUAGCAGUAACAUACGAAAAAAAUCAUAUUUAAGUAAAUAAGGAAUAGUAUUUUUCAUUUUCAAUUAGUCAGCAUUGCCCUUUUGACCAAUAAUUAUUACCCCCUUUACGCGCUACGAGUCUCAAUUAAUUAAUUUUUGUUUUAUCUCGCUUUACAAAUACUUACAUAAGUCAAAAUGACAGUUUAUCGUCAUUGCGCUUUCCAAAGCUGAUAUGUGCACGAUUUUUGAUCAGUUUUUGAUUGACAAAAGUUACCUAGUAACAAAAGACAAGGUAAUAAAUAAUUUGAUUAAAAUUCCGCACAUAUCAGAUUUGGUAAGCGCAGCGACGUUAUGUUAAACGAUAGUUAGUUAAUUGAGGCUUGUAGCGCUUUUAUGAAUAAAAGGGGGUCAGACUAGAGAGCAACUACAUUGUCCGCUAGUAGGUAUGUACCUACUAUCGUCCAUAUUGUUAACUGACAAUCAAGGUUCGAAACCCGUCAUUUUGAAAACAUAACCUUGUUCCGUACAACAAAGACUGCCUUAUAUGUACCAAUGUCAACGAUCAAUAAAAUAUGCCCCAAUGACGUCCGUGGUCUGUGAACAAACAUUUUCGAGUCAUAAAUGGGUCCUAAAUAAAAUUAUGGUUAUGUUUUCAAAAUGACCGGCGUUUUUUCCGAGCUUUGCUGACAAUUCAUUCACAAACCUUAUUGCAAAGGCAUAGGGUCCAAUGAUGGUACGUAAGAAUUUUGCUCUUAAUCGAUCGAUUAAUCGCUUAUCUAAAACUAAUGGCAGAAUGGCGUUGGGCAUUAACUUUGGUUUCAGUAAAUUUACUAUUAUAUGUGUAGCUGCAAAUCUUGAUAUACAAAUUGUAAUAGCAAUGUUGACAAUAUCAUAAUUCAUUAACGUGUUCUAAGUAUGUAAGUAUACCGGUUGUGGCCUGUAACGACUUGUUACACGAGCAAAUAAUUAAAACAUAGAUUGUACUUCUCAAAACGUGACACUUUGUUUUGUAACUUUUAACUGUCCGUGAUGUGUCCGUGCAUUACAUGACAUGCACCGUCAAACUACUCUGUCACGUCUACGUGACGUCGGAAUCAGAAAUGGAUGGCUCUAUACAUUUGUGCUUUACCUGUUAUAUCUACGUAUCUACGUAUCGAUCCAUGUCAAUAGUGAAAGCGAGGGGCAGUUAGUGUUAAAAAUUAUGAAGUUUUUCCUUCCUAUUUUUCAUAAGAAUAAACUUUAAAGUGUUGGUUAGUUUGAGGAGUCUAGUGCAGCCUACGGUUUAUUUUUUUGCUCCUGUUACAGGCCACACCCGGUAAAUAUCAUUUUUAAAGUACCUACUACGUACAACUGCAAAAAGCGAAAUCAUUUACCUACUUAUAUAACCAGCUCUUACUAAAACACGCAUUUAUUACAUGCAGGCUGUAGGCCUUAUGUUUGUGUUCUGAUGUUUCCGGGAAUCCUGUGUACUCAUGGGUACCGGUACCGUUCAAGCGCGGUAUCACAUCACAUUCCUCUGACGACUUCAGUGACGCGACGUGAGUUUAAGAUUGGGUCGACCGUCCAGUGGCGCAGUCAUUAGGGGAGUUGUGUUUUAUAAGAAACCAAUUAAUUUCUGUAUAAAUCAGCAUUUUAACAUUGUUGUCCUACUUAUUCCCUAUUUUUUUAUUCUAUGAGAUAGUUUUAAAUUACUUAAACACUUUUAGCUUUAUCACCUGAACUAGCGACUACUCUAUUGAUAGGUGAAAACUGCAUCAAAAUCCGUUGCGUAAUUUUAAUGAUUAAGCAUACAUAGGGACACACAGACAGCGGAAAGCGACUAUGUUUUAUACUAAUAUGUACCUAACGAAAAAACGUAGCCUUUUUUUAACUUGUUUUGAAAGUUGUACAUAGUAGGUGAGUACUCAAUGUUCUAUAAUUCCAUGUACCUAAUCGCAUACAUAUUAUAAUGUGUUUCAAGAAUGAUGUCUGUGAUAUUUUUAGUCAGUAUAAAUGAAGAGAAAUGUUAUGUAAAGAAAUAUUUACUGGAGCAUUUUAUUUGUAAGUUAUCAUGAUCAAUAUGUAUUAAAGGUUUUUAUUCUAGAAAAUAUCAUUAAGGUGGAAAAUAUAUUAUUUUAGGAA